CCUUUCCCCCACGUCAGCGCUGCUCCGCCGUCGAGGCCGAAUACUGGGGCUUGUGGGAGGGGACGCCGGGAGGCCCAGCGGUCCGCAUUCUCAGGUGCUCACCCACAAAGCAAAGGCAGAGAAAAGGUUCCUGAGACUCAUGGAAGGACUUUGGAAGCUUCCUGAAAUUGUAUAGAAAACUUGAGGAGCUCCAGUGAGUUGUACUUUGAUGGGACAUGAACGGGAGAAGAAACUUUCCAGAGGGAAUUCCUUAGCCUUUCCAUAGGAGGAAAGAGAGAACACUUAAAAGUUGCUUGAUAGCUUUAUUUAAAAAUCAUAGUGAACACUAAUUCAUCAGAGAGAGAGAGAGAGACUUCCAGGCUUAGGCUCGAGAGCAGCAGGAGCUGUGGCAUGGCAGACUGAUCAGAAGAAUGGAUUUUAGAGAGGCUUACUCCAACACAUGCUCUGCCGUUGGACUUGCCUCCAGGGAAGGAAAUGUCAAAGUCUUAAGGAAACUGCUCAAAAAGGGACAUAGUGUUGAUGUUGCUGAUAACAGGGGAUGGAUGCCAAUUCACGAAGCAGCUUACCACAACUCUGUAAAGUGUUUGCAGCUGUUAAUUCAUGCAGAUUCAUCUGAAAACUACAUUAACACAAAGACUUUUGAGGGCUUCUCUGCCAUACAUCUCGCUGCAAGUCAAGGACACUGGAAGGUCAUACAGAUUCUAUUAAAAGCUGGGGCAGAUCCUAACGCAUCAACUUUAGAAGAAACCACGCCACUGUUUCUAGCUGCUGAAAAUGGACAGAUAGAUGUAUUAAAGGUGUUGCUUCGCCAUGGGGCAAAUGUGAAUGGACCCCAUUCUAUGUGUGGAUGGAAUACCUUGCACCAGGCCUCCUUUCAGGAAAAUGCUGAGAUCAUAAAGUUACUUCUUCAGAAAGGAGCCAACAAGGAAUGCCAGGAUGACUUUGGAAUCACACCUUUAUUUGUGGCUGCGCAGUAUGGCAAGCUAGCAAGCUUGGCCACACUCAUUUCAUCAGGUGCAAAUGUCAAUUGUCAAGCCUUGGACAAAGCUACUCCCCUGUUCAUUGCCUCUCAAGAGGGCCACACACAGUGUGUAGAGCUCUUGCUGUCCAGUGGUGCAGAUCCUGAUCUUUACUGUAAUGAGGACAAUUGGCAGUUACCUAUUCAUGCAGCUGCACAAAUGGGCCAUGCAAACAUCCUGGAAUUGCUGAUCCCAUUUACUGACCGGGCCUGUGACACUCAGCCCGACAAAGUGAGCCCGGUGUACUCAGCAGUGUUUGGAGGGCGCAAAGAUUGCCUAGAAAUACUGCUCCAGAAUGGCUACAGCCCAGAUGCCCAGAUCUGCCCAGUAUUUGACUUCAAUUCUCCUAUGUGUAUGGCUUUCCAAAUAGAAGAUGAUGCGUUUCCUGGGAUUGUGAAUCUCCUUUUGAAAUACGGAGCCCAUCUAAGCGAACUGUAUUUGGCCCACUGCCUGAAGUACGAGAAGUAUUCCGAGUUUCGCUAUUUUUUGAAGGAACGCUGCCCAUUGGAACCGUGGAGCCAUGUGUCUGAAUUUAUAAAUUAUGGAGUCAGAGCACAAGCGAAGUCUAGAGAAUGGUUGCCAUAUCUCCUGCUUGCAGGGUUUGACCCAUUGAAUCUACUAUGCAGUUCUUGGAUUGACUCAGUCAGUGAUGACACCCUUAUCCUCACUUUGGAGUUUACGAAUUGGAAAAGACUUCCAUCAACUGUUGAAAAGAUGCUCUCUGUUCGUGCCUCAAAAUCAUCUUGGGCUUUACAGGAACAUAUUGGUUUUAAGCAAAGAAAAAAAAAAAGGUUUUAAGCUAGUUACAGAAGUAAAGGACACACAGCAAGGGUAGCUUUUGCGCAAGGACAUCAGCAUGAACUAAACAUAAUAUAUGCAAAGUAUUCCUAUUAUUCAAGU